CCCGGCACACGGCAAACGAGAGCAGCACGGUCGCUCUCUUCAGCUAUUUCUACUGACUUCCUCGACCAGAUACGUCGGGUUUUCGCGCGCGUACAGACCGCCCUCGAGAGCUCGAGGCAGGCUCGAUUUUCUUCAUCACAUCCCAUCCCGGGGUACGUAAAGAAUCGCGUACGGCUAACAUCAUCGCUACAAAGGAGCACGCUCCUCGUACACAAAAAUGUAGCAACAGCAAAAAAAAAAAAAAAAAACACCAAAAGGAUAUCGAAUGUGUGUGAAGUUCAAGAAUUCAAGCAUUGUGAGAAAUGCUGUGUGCAGUACGUGUAUGAGGCGAGUGCAAUUAAAGAAUCUUGGUUGAAACUUGGUCAGGAAUAAACCAAACGGAUCGGUUAGUGCGAGUGCCAAGAAAGGAGAAAGAGUGAGUCAGCGAGAAGAGGAGUACACAUUUCCCUCAUUUUUCCUUUAUUUUUUUUUUUUUGAGCACACACAUGUGUGCCUGAUGUGUUUAUACUGUAAAGAAGAAGAGCGUGAUCUCGUUCCCCCCCCCCACCCAUUUGCCACGCUUUCGAUCUGAUUGAUCGAUGAUUGACAGAGCCGCAGACAAGGUGGGCUCCACGUGCCGAGUGACAAGUGUUUGCGUGUGUAGAACACGUGUGUUCUAAAGUGCCGGUCCCGUAUUUAUUUCAAAAUUUCUUUCGCUUUGGCUUCGACGAAAGGAGCGUAAAGCAGAGUGAAACAUAAUCAUUGGAAAUAGAAAUCUAUACAGUGAAUUUAAAUAAAAACCCGCGCAAGGCUACACACGAGCGUUGUCCCGAAGUGCUCGUGCAAGUGUGCUAAUCAGUGUGUCUAAGUGUCGUGUGUGUGUGAUCGUUGUUCUGUGUUUGUCUGAGCCGGGGUUAAUCAUGAAAUCAUCCAUGGCGAUUACGAAAAGUGCGGCCUUUCGGUUUCUGCUGCUUCUGCAUUUAUUUUUGAAAGUGAAAAUGUGUGUCGGCUUCGUCGAUGCGGCGUCGGCGGUCGGGGCCGCCGGUGACAGUGACAUUAAUUAUGACGACGACAGUGACGAGUGGCUGGGUGUGGCGGGCGGUGGAGAGGGGACGGCAAAUCGGGUCGCCUGGUCCGUACCGUCUUCCUCCUCCUCUGCCAGCAACAUUCCGCCGGCGCCGGCCAAUUUAAUGCGCUGGGAGCCUGCCCGCGACACCCCAGCAGCGGGCCGGUACCGCAUGCAUCACGUUCGGCAUGAGCAGCACUACUUGAAACAGCGGCCAGCAAAGGUGCCAAAUCCUUCGACGGAAUCGACGCUGGUGGCCGCCGCCGAACGGGACCCGUACCGGGCGCACACCGUGACCGGGGCAGAUCAGCAGCAGCAGCAAAAAGCGCACCAUCACAGUCAUCAUCAUCAUCAUCAUCACCAGCAGCAGCAGCAUCCUCGCUCGCAUCAUGCGCAUCAUUACAAGCACCAUCGGAAAACGGGUGUCGAUGGUUCGGAGGAGGAAGUGGGCCCGAUCAUCAGUUCGUCACGCACCUUCUCGAACGAGCGGAGGCAUUGGUUCGAGCAGGGAAGCUUCAAGGAUGCGUGGAACAGUAUGAGUGGAACCGGGCGUGAUGAUCGUCAGGUAGCAGCGAUCAACAGGAAGCGAUCAGCCUCAUCCUUCCACUCAGUAUCCUCCAACGCUCUACCAGACGCAUCAGGAUCAAGAAGCACCCAUGCGGUGUCCUCACGCGAUCGCACCUCAAAGCAGUCGUCCCAGAAAUCCUCAUCAUCAUCAUCAUCCAUCAGUCCUGGCAGCAAGAACUACUUCGAGCAAUUACUGAACAACUAUAAAAACAGUUCACCUUACUACAAAGAGUUGCACCAGGCGUCGAAAACUCCACAAACGAAAGCACUGCCAUCGAGCAGCAGACGCAAUCAGCGCAGUUCCGCUGAGGUAACGAAAUCGAAAGCCUCACAGCAGCAUCAGCAGCAGCAACAGCAAGGCAUCGACGGUGACCUCGACUAUCUGUACGACGACGAGACGGAGGAGAGCGUGCAGAACGAUGCACCGGUCUUUGGCGGCACAAUGUCUACGAGUACGAGAGCUCCAGCAAGUACUACUACGACCAGCACCACCACGACGACGACGACCACACCGAGAGCAAUCCUGUCGGCGAGCAGCGAUUCCGACGAAGCGAGUGGCGGCGGCUCGAACGAUGGCAGUGCAGCCGAUCCCAGCUACAGCUCGUACUACCAGAAAGCGUACGCAAUCCACUCGAACCCACGGCGCAACGGCAACAAUCGGUACAAUUCGCUUACAAGGACGGCAGCAGCCUCACCGACGGCGGUAAACCAUCACAGCAAGCGCCCGCACUUCGAUAGGAUUGAUCCAGCCAAGCAAGUGGCCUAUCCCGGUAGAUAUCAAUCGUUCACCGAUUACAAGCAGGCAAACUUUGGCACGAAAGAUGCAGUCGAACGGUCCUACAGUGCGUACAGCAACAGUCAGCACGAACGACACCAGGCAAAACAGCACAUGGAGCGCAUGAUACGGGAAGGCAUGUGCAAGGUACCAAAGCCGAGGAUUGUUCCCGCGUCCAACGACCGUACGAAGCUGUUUACGCCCCAGUGUACGAUACUGCAUCGCUGCGAGGAUGAUACCGGGUGCUGUGGCCCAACGCAAACCUGCGCCCCCAAAACGACUAGCGAAGUUCAGCUGUACUUCUAUGUGAGUAGUGACUCCUACGUGCAAAACGUAGGACAACGACAGCAGAACACGAUUGCGCUUACCUUCAGCAACCACACAGAGUGCCAUUGCGUACAGCGCAGCAGUAGUAGCGUCAGAAUGCAGAGCCACAACUUGCUGGAGCACAGUGCUGAGGGAAGCGAAGGAACGGGUGGUAGUAGUAGCAGCAGCAGCAGCUGCACCUGUCCUGGACCCUUCAAAUCAGUCAACGACGGCACAUUGCCGUGCUAUUGCGACUGUUUGUCCAGCGAUCAGGUCUGCGUUCGGUUUAAGGAAGGUUUUGAGAGCUUUUCCAUGGAAACGCGCAAAUGCAUCCGAAGUAAAAGGUGUACCGUUCCGCAGUGCGAGUACGGCAUCUACAACUCGCACGAGGGCAGAUGUCCGAAGAAAAGUGAUCGCAUCAACGAACAGUUCUCGCUGUACCGGUGAAGGGAAUCAACCAGUAGAGAGCUCGCGUACCAUCAAAACACGUUACCAAAACACAUUGGAACUAACAUCACGCCUCCCAGUAUCACCGAAUCGAAGCGAGACGUGCAGGCGGGAUAACUCGGGAAGGAGAACCCUUUUUUGUUCUUAUAGCAAGACAUUGCACAGAUCUGUGAGUGAAACAGACGAAAAGAGGGAGAUACUGAGAGCGAAACUUGAGUAGGAAUUAAGGUGGUUAUUCAGCGCUAUUUCCACAAGGUGUAUUAUUAUCCUGAUGACUACAGCAACAGCCCUCUGCGCUGUGCGGUCCCCUCCUCCUGCCAUGUUUAGCCAAUAUAUCGUAAUAUAAGCGUUUAGUUUAGUCGCAAACGCCACAGCGCCCACAGAGCACCCCACAGCUGCCCUCCUCGCGCGCUGAUGGGAUUUUGCUGGUUUAUGGGAGAAUAUGUAAUCGACAAUCUUCGAAAAUCCACUUAGAGCCUUUCCCAAGUCGUGCAACAUUUUGCGCUGACAUUAUUCGUUGAGUUUAGUGGCUGCUAGUAGAGUAUAUUGGAGCGCAUGUUACAGUGGUAGUGUUUGAGUUUAGCCUGUUAGCCGUGUUUUAGAUGAGUAUGUUGUACAUAUAAGCAGGAAGCAGUCAGAUUAGGGAAGCGAGCAAAAGAGAGAGUGUGUGUGUGUGUUUCUGUAAAAGAGUUCAUCGUUUUUCCCGUGUCUAUCAUCUUCCAUCCUUCUAUUUAAUCCUGUUGCUCGCAUUAUGAUGGGGCCCCAACUGGCGACCAAGUUGAGACCUGUGCUAACUUCGCAUCGACAAACUGCAUCGAGCUUAUUCCAAAUGUACGCCCUCCUGCCUCCCGCAGUCCAAUCUUACAUUGCAAAGCCUCUCCAACG